AUGACCAGUUCCAUAUUAGAAGAAAAUGAUUGUGAUUAUUUUGACGAUGAAAAUAGUGGUUCGGAAACAGAAGAUCAUGAAAGUCAAACAUCGGAUGAUGAUGAUGAAAUUGAUUUGGAAAAUCUUAAAUUAAAUGAUAAUUCGACUUGGCAGAGUUUAUAUAAUUCCAAAUCUGGUAUGACUUGGUCUGUCAAUCCGAAUUAUUCAACGAAAACAAAUUAUUCAAAUAAUAAUAUUAUACAAGCUGGAUUGACCGAAGUUACUGCAAAUAUUUCAUCAAUUGAAGAUGCAUUUCUUUCUUUUAUGCCAGAAAAAAUGCUUGAAAAAAUUUUACUUUAUUCAAACAUCGAAUAUAGUCAAAGCGUUACUUCCACUGAAAAAUCAAAAGAAAUGACUAUGAUUGAAUUAAAAGCUUUUAUUGGACUUUUAUUACUUGCUGGUUUAUUAGGAAAAUCGAGGACAGAUUUACAAUGUUUAUGGAGAAGAAGUUCAUUAGAAUUUCCGAUCUUCAAAGCUACCAUCUCAAGAAGUCGUUUUCAAAAGAUUAUUGCUUGUUUACGUUUCGACUACAAAAAAACACGAGAAGAAAGAAAAAAAACAGAUAAAUUUGCCGCAAUUCAUGAAGUUUGGUCUUAUUUUCAAGAUAAUAUGCAAAAGUGUUAUACACCAGGAUCUAAUAUCACUAUUGAUGAACAACUAUUAGGAUUUCGUGGAAAAUGUCCUUUUCGACAGUAUAUGCCCAAGAAACCUGAUAAAUAUGGAUUAAAAUUUUGGUUAUGUGUUGAUGUAGAUUCACAUUACGUAUUCAAUGCAUUUCCUUAUCUUGGACGACAACCGACGGAAAAAAGACAAACCCAAAUAGGUGCCAGAGUAGUUUUAGAAUUGCUCAAACCUCUUUAUGGUUCAAGCAGAAAUGUUACAAUGGAUAAUUUUUUUACAAGUGUUCCAUUAGCGAAAGAACUUCAAGCAAAAAAUUUAUCUCUUAUAGGAACAUUGCGAAAAAAUAAACCGGAAAUACCUAUAGAAUUCCAGUCAAGUAAAAAUCGCGAAGUUGGCUCUUCGCUGUUUGGUUUUCAGGAUGGUUUAACUAUAGUUUCAUUUGUACCUAAAUACAACAAGGCCGUUUUACUACUUUCAUCCAAACAUCACGAUAGCCAAGUGGAUAAUCAAACUGGUAAACCAAUUAUUAUUUUGGAUUAUAAUAAAACAAAAGGAGCUGUUGACACAAUUGAUCAAUUAUGUCACAAAUAUACGGUGAAAAGAAGUACAAAGCGAUGGCCACUUUGUAUCUUUUUUGGAAUGAUAGACAUCGCUGCUAUAAACGCAAUGAUCGUCUGGAAAACAAAGAAUCCUCAAUGGAAUCAAAAUAUAAAACAUAAACGUCGAUUAUUUCUCGAAGAAUUAGGAAUGGCUUUAGUGUCGUAUCAGCUGGAUUUUCGCUCAAAAAAUUCAAAAUUUCUGAAUACAGAUAUUCAAAAUGCAUUAGCUAUCGUCGGUUAUCCUCUGCAUUUUGUUAGACUUGAUAGAUUUUCAUCAGAAAAAUCACAAUUAGCUACAAAUUCAGGAUGUUCGAAAUUAACACUUUCAACAACUGUUUGGGACGGCGCGAAAAUUAUAAAUACCAAAAAUUGUUCAUCAUUAUCUUUUGAUCAUUUUAGAUGA